UUUAUUAUUAAUAAUCAGAAAAUUUAAAAAAAUGCUAGAUUUAAUGUGUUUACAAAAUAAUAAUGUUAAUACUUUCACUGACUUUAAAUGAACACAUUUGAGAAAUAAAGACAAAAUUCUUAUAAAAUGCUUCGGACCGAGUUUGGUGCUUUGUUAUGUCGAGGACGUAAGAAAAGGAUUGUGACAUUGAUACUAAUAUUGAUAUUUUUAAUAAACGCUAUGUUUUAUGUUAGUUUUGAAUUGUAUAAUACAGUUAUGAGAAAAAAUAAGAAGCUCUGGUAUAACAGACUGAAGUAUGAUAAGAACUCAUAUGUUGAUGAAAGUGGUAUGAGAGUUAUCGUCGGACAUUAUGUUGGUGGUAUGGGAGGAGGGAAUCUAUCAGAAGAAAUAAUGCACACUAAUAACUAUUCACCAGUACCUGGAGCCGGAGAGGGUGGUAGACCUGUGCAGUUGUCUCCACGAGAGCUCAUCACUGCUAGAGAGCUCUAUACAUUACAUUCUUAUAAUAUACUUGUUAGUGAUAGGAUAGCUAUUAAUAGAAGUCUUCCUGAUAUGCGAAGUGAUAGUUGUAGAAGCGUCGUGUAUGAUACGGAAGAACUUCCGACUGCUAGUGUUAUAAUAGUCUUCCAUAAUGAGGCCUGGUCUACGUUAAUGAGGACCAUCAUGUCAGUUCUGAUGAGGUCCCCACAGCUUUUACUAAAGCAG